AUGACCUCUCAAGACUUGCGAUACUUGUCUCCAAAACAAUGGGUAAUUGCUGCCUUUAAUUUCUUCUAUGUCCUCGUCCAGUAUGUCAUAAUCUGGCUGUUCAAACCUCCUCCGCCUCCAUCUCCGGAAUACCCCAAGCAUCCGAAGGGCAGGAUCGCCAUCAUUGGCGCAGGACUGACUGGUGUCUCAAGCGCAGCGCACGCCAUCGCACAUGGGUUCGACGUCGUGAUCUACGAGCAAAGCGACAAAGUUGGCGGAAUAUGGACCAACGUCAACAAGACCUCGGGCCUGCAGCUCAACUCCCUCUUGUACCGCUUCCACCCCGCCGUUCUCUGGUCGCGCGCGUUCCCCCACCGGGAUGAGAUCCUGAGCGAGAUCCGCCGCAUCUGGAAAGAGUACCAGCUCGAGCCCCGCACGCGCUUCAACACCCCCGUCACCUCCGUCAAGCGCGUCCCCGGCACCGGCACGCGCCUCUCAGACCCCUCCUCGGACGACGAAGGCAGGUCGAGGUGGCUCAUCAACGACGGCGCGGACGGGGAGUUCGAUGCUGUCGUCGUCACCGUCGGCACGUGCGGCAAGCCGAACCGCAUCGGCUUCCCGGGCCUGCCCAAGGCGGAGACGCAGGACGGCGAUGGUGCGGAGGAGAAGCACAAGGGCGGGGACGGGGGGGAGGUGUUCGAAGGCGACGUGUUCCACUCGAGCGAGCUGGACGACGCGCCGCUCGAGGGCAGGACGGUCGUCGUGAUCGGGAGCGGGGCGAGCGGAGUCGAGGCGGUCGAGACGGCGCUCGCGAAGGGCGCGAAGCACUGUGUGAUGCUCGCGCGCGAGGACAAGUGGAUCAUCCCGCGCAACAUCUUCGUCGACACGCUCAUCUCGGCGCAGCCGUUCGGGCGCGAGACGCCGCUGUCGUUCAUCUGGGAGAAGAUCAUCGUGCUGCUCAACUACCGCGGUGCGCCCGAGCUCGUCCCCGCGCGGCUCGGCAUCUUCGAGAGCACGCCGGUCGUGAACGACGAGUUCGUCGGGUGGGUCAGGGAGGGCAAGUGCGACUACGUGCGCGGGGACAUCGAGCGGCUCACGAAGCGCGGGGUGCGGAUCAAGGUGCGGGGGAGGGAGGAGAAGCCCGGGGAGGGGAAGGAGGUGAAGGAGGUGGAGGGGGACGUCGUCGUGCUGGCGACGGGGUUCCAUAAGCCGCAGAUUGGCUUCCUCGAGGAGGAGUUAUUCCCGGACGACUAUGAUCGUCCGAAUCUGUACCUGCAGAACUUCUCGACUGAAGAUUGGUCCGUGUUGAUGACCAACUCUUCGUACCAGAACGCGAUCGGGACUGUUGGUCACUUCCACAUAGGAAUAUACAUGCGCAUCCUCCUCACGUUCCUCAUGGACCCCGACGCGCGUCCGACGCCCAAGGACAUGAAGCUCUGGGUGGACGUCAUCCGCUUCGUCAAACGCGGUGCGCGCGGAGGCGCGUUGAGCUUCUUCACGUACAUGGAGCUCACGAUCUGGCUGUUGUUGUUCCAUGUGUUGCGCAUCGACCGUUUAAGAUGGGUGUUCUUUAUUAUGCAGGGGUGGGGCGUGUACCCGGAGGAGUACAGUCAGGCUAAAAUCUCUCAAAAGGCGAAGGCUGCGUGAACGUUCCUGAUGAGCCACGGACUGAUGAGGUUAUUGUCGGACACGGACUAGUAUGUUGUAUACUCUUGUUGCUGUAUCGUACACUUUACUUUCGUAGACAAUAUCCGAGCACUUUAGAUGUAAACCGUGCUCAUCUGGCAGGUGUCUCGCCAAUCAUUAAUACUUCUCCACACUGUCAGUGAGAAGUGCUACCAGGAUGCGCUCCGGCUCGUCCCAAUGCACGAAAUGGUUCGCCCCUUCCAGUUUCACCCACGUCGCCUCCCUCAAACGCUCGCUUUUCUGUCCCACCUCUUCAAACGUCCACUGCAGGUUCCACGACGUCCACGUCGUCUCCCACACCGAGCGGUCGCACCACACGUGCCUGACCUCGACCGCGCGCCAGCCCUCGUCCGCAGGAACAGCGAGCGCCGCCUCGCGCAGCGUCGCGAACGUCCCGCUCCGCAUGCCCCCCGCGAGCAGGAGCGCGUCCGACCCGCCAGGGGCGCCGGGUGAGGGGUACAGCACGCGCGCGACCUCGUCGGGCGUGAGCGUGGAG